AUGCCUUGGUGGAUGCCAACUUGUGUGCCACAUCGCUGGCACAGUUCCAAAGCUGACGCUGACGGAGGCACAGAGCAGCACCUUGACACUGGCCAUGUUGUUUGUGCUCCAGCUGGCACUGGGCAUGGGAUCCUGGCCUACUACACCCUGGGAUCCGGCUGUGAUCGGCGUCAUCCUGGCGGCACGGGCAAUGGACAGCAGGUGGGCUCGUUUCUGGUGCUGGGCGUGAUUGACCAAUGUGGGCUGGUGGCUCGGCUGGAUUAUAUUGGCGCCGUUGAUCUUGUGGGCGCUGUGCUCCUGGGACUCUUCCCCAAGCGUCUGCCCAAGACGGUCAUACACCAGGCUGCUCAGCGGAUUAUGGAGCAGACGAAUCUGCGCGGAUUUGGCAGCCAGUUCUCCACCUACCUGGAUGACACGGACUUCUGGCCAUCUCUGAAGCGACUGUUCUCGAAUCGACUGCUCAUGCUGAAUCUGCUGAGCAUUAUGUUCCUGCAAAGCGACGGUCUCACCCAGGAGUGGCGAUCCGCCUUUGUGGCCUACUUCCUGAAGCCUCCAGUCAUGGCUGUGGGCAUGCUCGUCGCCGGUCUGGUCAUAUCCAAGGCACAGCUCUCGGCCCGCACCAUAGCGGGGAUCAACAUAAGUCUGGGCCUCAAACUGGUCCUUAUCUUUGUGGCUACGUCUUCAUACAGUGCGAUGUGGGCGCCAUUGCCGGAGUUGUGGGUGGCAGUUGACCCAGCCCUACUGCGCCAGUCAAUGCCUCUGCACUCCGACCGCCUUCAUGCCCGUCUGCCGGAGAACAGCUCCGUCACCUACUUCUCGCCCUGCUACGCCGGCUGCACCCGCAAAGCCUCCAUCAACAGCUUCGAGCUGUACGAGGGAUGCAGCUGCCUGGGAGAUCAGACAGCCAACAAUGCGGGCACUUCCGAGCCACUCCUGGUGCCUGCAGUGCCGAGUUGCCAGAACAAGAUCAUCAUCUUCCAGGUGCUCAGCAUCUCCGCCGCCUUCCUGCUCGGCAUCAGCGUCAUCGGCAAGACCUCAUCACCCUCCGUUCCGUCCUGCCCCAGGACAAGACUCUCGCCCUCGCCUUCGAGCUGA